AUGCAUCACUGUUGCUUUUUCGAUCGAUUGCCAGCCGAAAUUUUGCAUGAUCUGUUCGCAUAUUUUUGGUCACAUGAAAUUAUAUUCACUUUUUCCAACAUAAGUGAUCAUGUAGAUGCUGUCUUAUUGGCUUAUAAUACCUAUCAACUUAAUUUUCGAUCGAUUCAAAAGGAUCAUUUCGAUCUAAUUUGUAAACGUAUUCGAUCUGAACAAAUUAUUUCAUUGGUACUUUCCGAUGAAAAUGAUACACCUGCUCAAUCAGAACUAUUCUUUUCUCGUCUUCAAAUUGAACAAUUUUCUCAAUUACAAACUUUAACAUUGAUUAACAUUGAAGGUGAAUCAUUGAAAUGGAUUUUUCCUAAUUUAUAUAAAUUGAAUUUAUUACGUUCAUUCACAUUUCUUGAUUUUUUAAUAACUGAACAUCCAUAUCAAUAUCAGACGACUGAGAUGCAGUCACUUAUAUAUGAGAGUUUUGCACAGAUUGUGCCUCGUUUAAAUCGAAUUCAUUUGACAAAUGGAACAUUUCUACCAUCUAUGCCAUUUCCAUAUCUUCGACAUUUAAAUCUUGAAAAAUGUUCAAUCAAUGAUUUAAAAACUUUAUUUCAACAUUCAAAUCAACUAAGAUCAUUUUCUCUUUGUUUGGAUAUGCAUAAUUCAUCGACUUUUGAUCAAAUAUCCUUUCCUGUUCAAUUGAUUCGACUUCAUCUCGAAAUCGAAAAUCGAAUUAUAUCAAUCGAUGAAAUGGAAUAUCUUUUAUUAAAUCUUCCUUAUUUACAAUAUUUACAAUUAGAACUUCUUGGUUUACAAGAUCUUUUCGAUGGUGAUCGAUGGCAAAGCUUUACUGAAAAUCUCAUUAUAUUCAAUUUUAAAUUCAAUGCACAUUAUAAUUUGAAUAGAAAUGUUCUCGAAUCAUAUCGUACUUCAUAUUGGAUUGAAGAAAAACAUUGGUUUGUUGGAUAUAACAAUAAUUCUAUAUUUUCCAUACCUCAUUUUGCUCCUAAUUAUAUUGAUAUGUGUCAAGAUUUGAUCUUUGAUUCAACAGGUUCGGAUUCAACAUUACCCUAUAGUCGUGUAAAGACGAUUUCAUUCGGACGGAAUGAAGUUAGACCGGAUUAUUAUUUAACUCAUAUCAAUACAUUAAAAAUUCUAUCACCGCUAUCAAUUUCAUUUCUUACAUCAUUUAUUGAUCUUAAUCAAAUAAAAUAUUUAUCUCUGUCGUCAUUAGAUGAUAUAUUAACAUAUGUACCGUUGAAAGAAACAAUGCCUCAACUUCGUGAACUAUCUAUUCACAUGUCGGUUGAUAUAGAUACAAUUAAUCGAAUAGGAAACUAUCGAUUUGAACAAAUUCAUAAAUUAGAGAUACGCAUUUGUGGUCAAUAUAAUGAAUAUAUAACUGAAAAACUAAUUUUUCUUUUUCCUAAUGUUCAUCAUUUAAUAUGUACACCUGAGACUAAUCCCAAAGAAGUCAUGUAUCGUUGUGUUAAUGGAUUCAAAUAUUUAUUAAAUGCAUCAUUUUCUCUUCGAAUUUCAUCUAAUAUAGAGAGAGAUUUCGAGUUCAUUACUAGACAAUCACGAUGCAGUACCAAAGAUAAUUUUAUAUGUCAGGUUUGUCAUCCAUUAAAAAGGGAACUAAUAUUUUCUGUCCAUUGGUGGUUUGGAAAACAAUCAUCAUCUUUCUUCACUCGAUACUGCUCAAUACAACCAAAAUAUCAUUGGCAUCGAAUUCGAUAUUAUUGGUUAAAAUUUAUGGAUAAAUUAUUGCCUAAAUGUUUUCCUUAUAUUCUAUGUAUUGUUAUAAUCUAUUCAGUAAGUAUCUGGAUUAUAAAAAUAUCUCUAAGUGAUCGUCUAGCUGUAAUGGAAGAUCCUUAUGUUGAUCAAUCAUAUCAAGGUCGAGAUAUUGUUGAUCUUCUGAUUUGUGACUGUGCACGAGAGCAUGUAAAAUUAAUCAAAACUGAAGAUCUUGAUCCAAAUCGAAAUUAUAUCUUUGGUUAUCAUCCACACGGUACAGCAACUGUCGGUGCUGGGAUCAAUUUCCUAACAGAAGCAACACAUUUUUCAACUUUAUUUCCUAGUAUUCGUCCUCAUUUGAUGGGUCUUCAUACCAAUUUUUUCUGUCCAUUUUUACGUGAAUUAUUUCUUAGCUUGGGUGAAUGUUCUGUCUCACGAGAGAGUUGUCAAUAUUUCUUAAAUGGUUCAUCUGGUCAAGGUAAUGCUGUUGUUAUUGUGACUGGUGGUAUGAAAGAAUUGUAUUUAACCGAAUAUCAAAGGAUGAUAUUCUAUUUAAAAAAGAGGAAAGGUUUUAUACGAUUAGCAUUAGAAAAUGGUGUAUCAUUAGUACCGGUUAUAACAUUUGGAGAAAAUGAACAUUAUCGACAUUAUAAGAAUUGGAUUUCAAAUCGAUGGAUUUGGGGACGAUCAAUCGUCGGUUGUUUACCUCUUCGUCAUCCUGUAACGACCGUUGUUGGUAAACCGAUUCAUGUCAAUCAAAUCAUUGAUCCAUCGCAAACAGAUAUCGAUCAACUUCAUGAUCAAUAUCUUCAAGCAACUGAACAGCUGUAUAAUACAAACAAAGCAAAUUAUGGUUUUGAAAAUGUGAAAUUAGAGAUCAUUUAG